AUGAAUUUACAUGACUGUGACAUUGACUUGAAUUAUGGGUUUGAGUGCGCAGACACUCCGUCUCUCCUGCAAGUCUUGAUGGAUUCGCAACGCCUUAUCGGGUCCGGGGUCCUGGCGCUGGCUCUGAGUACCAUUUCCAUCUUGCGAAGCCACUCGAAGCUGCAGGCAUUCCUUGCAUCUUGUAUGACUAGGUUGGGUGCUCACGCUCGUCUCUCAUCCGCGAUAAAGCUGAUGAUGAGAGCUUUCUGGGGCUUUGAUUUGUUCUGUGCUGAGCUUGACAAUCUCGUGGACCAUUUCGAGCUGCGAAAAGUUGGAUUCUCUAUCUACGGCCCCAGCUGGGGUGGUAUGCUAGCCAGCAUAUAUUCUGGAAGGAAGUCGCGUGGCCUUCACAAGUUGGUUAUCGCCAAUUCAUGUCCGAGCGCAGCUCUCUCCGCCAAAGAGAGAGGACGAUUGUUCCGGCUGUUUCCCGUGAUUGAUGCUGUCAUGCAGAUGGAUGCGGAUGGGGAAUACGACAUCCCAGCAUACCAAGAGGCGUGUGAACGCUUCUCGAAAAAGCAUUUCUGCAUACUCGAACCGUGGCCUGCGGUACUCACUGAAGCAUCAUGGGAAAACAGCACGAGAAUGUGGAAGACGAAUGGCAAGAAAGGUAUCUCCCUCAUCCGCCAGCCAGGCUUCAUGCAUGACUAUGAUGCCAUCAAGACAGCGAAAUACAUCGAAGUGCCAGCACUGCUCCUAUCAGUCGUGUUGUACGUAAAGCUGCCAUACUGGAAUUACAAUGUUGUCUAA